AUGUCAAAGGCAGUAUAUGCAAAGAUUUGGAUGAGCACACAGAAUUUUAAUGCUCGGAGAAGAUAUGGAUGCUUACAAGUUGGGUCGAGAUUAACUCCUUGGCUUUUGGUUUGGGGGGUUUAUUGUGUGUCCUUAGUUUUUCCUGCUUUAGACACUGACUAUAAAAAGAUGCUUAGCUUUGGAAUUUGGAAAGAAACUGAUGUUGGAUAUAAUAAAACAGCCCCACCACCCUAUGAAUAA